UUAAAGGCGACGUCAAGGCCAAGCCCCCGACCCUCCCCCGGCUCUGGGCGAUCGCAUUGCUCGGCGGCCAGGCGGGGCCCGGUUUCUCCCCCCGUCUCCACAAGCAUCGUGGCCCAAGUGGGUUGGGCACCGGCCGCCACCUCCCGGGCUUGGCUCUCCAAAUCCACCGCCGCUCCUUUGCCCCGGCGCCUGCCUGCCUCCCUCCGCCUCGCACCGGCUCGAAAGAUGGCGGCUCAGAGCCUCCUUCUCCUCUCUCGGUUCCGCCGCUGGCUUCCCACCGCUUCCCGCUGGGGUUCCCCGGGGGAGACGGCGAAGCGCAUCCUCCGAGCCCCGGCCAAGACAUGUGGCUGCUAUUUUUCUACUAGCAGCUGUCAUAAUACCAAAUUUUACACUGAUCCAGUGGAAGCAGUGAAAGACAUACCCAAUGGAGCCACUCUCCUUGUUGGUGGUUUUGGGCUCUGUGGAAUUCCUGAGAAUCUCAUAGGAGCUCUGUUGAAGACUGGAGUAAAAGGAUUAACCGCUGUCAGUAACAAUGCAGGGGUAGACAAUUUUGGCCUUGGACUCCUACUUCAAACGAAGCAGAUUAAACGUAUGGUGUCAUCAUAUGUUGGAGAGAAUGCAGAAUUUGAGAGGCAGUAUUUAUGUGGAGAACUGGAAGUCGAGCUGACGCCGCAGGGCACCCUUGCUGAGCGGAUUCGAGCGGGAGGAGCCGGCAUCCCAGCUUUUUUCACCAGCACAGGGUAUGGAACUUUGGUGCAAGAAGGAGGCGCUCCUAUAAAGUACAACAAAGAUGGCUCUGUUGCCAUUGCGAGUGAGCCCAGAGAGGUGAAGGAGUUUGAUGGUCGGCACUAUAUCAUGGAAAAGUCGAUCACAGGUGAUUUUGCACUAGUGAAGGCAUGGAAGUCUGAUCGUGCUGGAAAUAUUAUUUUCAGGAAAACUGCAAGAAAUUUCAACCAACCCAUGUGUAAAGCAGCCAGAACAACUGUGGUAGAGGUAGAAGAAAUAGUUGAUGUUGGCUCUUUUGCACCAGAAGACAUUCAUGUCCCUAAGAUCUAUGUUCAUCGCCUCAUCAAAGGGGAGAAGUAUGAAAAAAGGAUUGAGCGAUUAUCACUUCGCAAACCUGAAGAUGCCCAAUCAAAGCAGAAGAAAGGUGGCGAUAAUGUGCGAGAAAGAAUCAUUAGACGAGCAGCACUCGAAUUUGAGGAUGGCAUGUAUGCUAACCUUGGCAUUGGCAUUCCAUUGCUUGCCAGCAACUUCAUUAGUCCAGACAUAACAGUUCAUCUCCAGAGUGAAAAUGGAGUCCUUGGCCUGGGACCAUAUCCAACUGAAAACGAAGUUGACCCUGACCUCAUCAAUGCUGGUAAAGAGACAGUCACCGUGCUUCCAGGAGCUUCGUACUUCUCUAGUGAUGAAUCUUUUGCAAUGAUUCGAGGAGGACAUGUUGAUUUGACCAUGCUUGGAGCAAUGCAGGUGUCUAAAUAUGGUGAUCUAGCCAACUGGAUGAUUCCUGGUAAAAUGGUGAAAGGAAUGGGUGGUGCCAUGGACUUAGUGUCCAGUGCAAGAACAAAAGUAGUUGUCACAAUGGAGCAUUCAGCAAAGGGUAAUGCCCACAAAAUUCUGGAGAACUGCACUUUGCCAAUUACUGGGAAAAACUGUGUGAAUCGCAUCAUAACAGAAAAGGCUGUUUUUGAUGUCGAUCAGAAAAAGGGACUCACCCUGAUUGAAAUCUGGGAAGGGCUGACAGUGGAUGACAUUAAGAAAAGUACUGGCGCUGAUUUCACGGUUUCACCCAACCUUAUGCCAAUAAAGCAGAUUUCAACUUGAGGAACAGACCGAACGUAUCGUCCAUGCGUCCAAUGAAUGGGAAUCAAAUGUCUGUUUUGCAAUUAUGCAUUUUAAAGAGUUUUUUGUAAGUAGUUCCUUUGGUAGUUAGCAUAUCAGGCUGACUCUGUAACUAUUACCCUGUAAAUGUUUAUUCACGCACAUCAGUACGAUUCAGCUUCAAAAAAUGAACCCUGUAUGGUAGCUGGAUAGUUAUGAUUAUAGUCCUGCACAUCUGACCCUUAAUAUACAGUGGCAAAAGAAAAUAACCUUGUUUGGGUGAUCAUAUCUUUGCUUAUUAAUCUGAGAAAAGCAUGUGGAUGCAAUUCUUAAAGAUGCACUUAUUUUUCCCUGUAUAUGCAACUCUUUCAUAUGAGAUACAUUGGGGAGUCACUAAUUUGCCAGGUUCUCAUUUUCUUAGAAGUGAGGAAAUGUGGUUACCAGCUUGAGAAACAUGCAGGAUCUUAAGCUAACUUCAAACUUUCUAAAUGCAGUCAAUGCCUUCUAGAUGUGAUUUUGAUUCUGUCAUAUUGUGGAAAGGUCGCUUUCACACACAGACCAUGGUAACUUGCAAGUGCCUAUAUAUGAUUGAAAUUGUGAACACACGCACAAUUAAAGAGGUAUAGGGCAAAUACUGAUGGGUAUAAGGUGUUCCGUUUGCAAAAGGUCACAUAAGUAAAAAGCAAUAUACCAGACUUUUUAUCUAUCGGAAGUCAAACUUUUAAUAACUCCUUAUAUUUCUAGUAAACAGAGGUGAAAAGAUAGAUUUUAAAGUCUGUGGGAUAUAUUAUGGUUAAAAUGCUUGCUUUUGAUUUUCAAAAGCUGGGGUGUCAAAUGUUCCACAUAAGUCCAUCAGCUGAACUCAUAGCACUUAUUUUCUGAAGGUGCAAAGGUAAAAAUAAACUUCCUAGCCAGAAUAAAAAUAUGCAAAGCAUAAAUACUGUUUCUUUUUGCAAAUAUGGUAUUGUAUGUUUAUUCUUAAUUUAAUGUGCAAAAUCUUGGGUUACACAGGAAAGAGAUGGGAAGUUGACCAACUUUCUCAUAGGAGAAUUUCUGUUGCAAUGGAUAUUGUUACAACGAUGGUCUCAUGGUGACAGGUUUUUGAUUUGGUCUCAUAAUUAAAUGUGAACAUGAUUGCAAAUGUCUGUCUAAUGUGUGGAUACUGCCUUUCCAUUAUUAACAGUGAAUUGAGUCGCACAAAGUCCAAUGAAAUCACUGGGAGGGAAAUAGCGCUUUUUUACUUCAAUGUAUGUGCCAUUUACAUGUUGUAUAGUUUUUAACCAUUUGAAAUCAAAAUUAAAACAGUGGCAGAUAA